GCGCCAGUGGGUGUUGUGCUCAGUGACGCUGGGGUUCGAACCCGGUACAAACGGCGUGCCGUCAAGAUGCUGGUUGCUGUGGUGCUUCUCUUCCUGGCCUGCUGGACGCCGCUUCUGACCUUUAACCUCGUGACCAUGGAGGAUAACCACAUUCACGCAACCUCUGACCUCAUGAAUACCAAGUACUAUUUGCAGUGUCUUGCUCUGAGCAGCGCAGCCUACAACCCAAUCAUCUACGCCUUCCUCAACCAAAAGUUCCGGACCAACUUCAAAUCCCUCCUUCUCCGACGACGAGGACAAGUCGCCCCUCUGGUCAGCGAGCGGGCAGCAAUCAAGUACACCAAACAAGGCAACAAACCUCUAAUCCUUGGCCCAACAGCACAAUCAAAUGAAGCAAAAACGCAGACUACGCAGGAAACGAUGGCGAUGUUCACAACCACACAAAAUGCGACUGUCAGUAGCAGCACUUACGGCCGAUCGCGUUAUGGUGUAGACACUAUGAACACUACCACCACCACCGCAUUUUGAUGAGCUGAAGGAGACCCAAACAUCUCCCGUGUAGCAUUAUUUCAUCCCUUCACCAGAGUUCUGAAAAUAAAAAUGCCAAAACGAAAGGCA